UCGAUGAGUACGUGAAGCAAUUCCACAGUCUAAGAUGCAUAUCGAAUUCCAAAUUUCUUAUCACAAAACUCAAAAUUCUGUUACAAGAUUGAGCGGUGGGCUCUCUUUUCUAGAGUUCAUCUUCUCGUUUCUGAGACGCCGCUCGUUGUAACCAGAAGGCGCAGGUUUGUAGAACUUCGUGAUUAUUCACGUUCCUUGAUUAGUCUCACACUCAGAUUUCUCUCAAGGGUUUGUGUUUCAGAUCACGCUAGAUGACGAUGUUAUUCGAGGGUAACUAGAGCGGCAGUUGUAUACGAGUCUCCAAUUUUUUCCUGGGCAUCCUCGUCUUUGUGGGGGUUCUCUUUAGAAUUGUGCAGUGCACCGUAUCUUUGGUUCUAGGAACCAAGUUCUGGCUUACCCUAUCGUGCAUGUGCGGCAUUUUGGAGGAAUAGCUUGUUUCUACCCCUUCAUCAAAUUUUAGGAGGUACAGAGUGAGGGUUGGCUCAAGGUAGGGUAACAGAACACCUGCGCGCACUUAGGUGACAAUUAUAGUCAUAUUCUAAAAGUUAUCUACUACAUUUUGGCCAGACAAAGCCACACUUGGGGAGCGGCUUAUUUAGUAGACUGUCUCUCUUGUGUCUUCAUGGUAUCUAUAAGAUGUUAGCGUCCACUUUCACGACCGCCAGCCUGCUCAAAUUUUAUGUACAAUGGCCACCUCCAACACUUCUUCGUAAUUGGCCCUCCAAUUCUUCACUAUCAGUACGCUAUUUGGACCUUGGGACGAGAGUAUUCCUGCCCAACAAUCGAAUUCAAUUCUUGAGAGCAGUUGUUAAACCUAGAUUUUGCGAUUUUCGGAAUGCUGAAAAAUCUGCUCAAGGCGGCUGCACUAUUCACUGCACAGCAUUGGCGAAGGACUUGCACGUAGAAGCUGAGGAAGGGGCAGUGGUUCAGGACCAAUCUAGGGGCGGCCUUCCGCGGUUCCACAUUAGUUCGCUUCCAGCUGUAAAGGGAAUGACCGUGCGAGUUGAUGGGGAUGAAUUUUGGCAUAUGACACGAGUUCUAAGGUUGAAUGUCAAUGACAGAAUUGAACUUUUUGAUGGAAACGGGGGACUUGUAGAGGGUACCUUGUUGAAGGUAACAAAGAACUGUGCAGAAGUCGUAGCAACGACAGCGAGACGAGUACUUCCACUAACUGGCCCGAACUGGCACGUGGCCGCCGCUUUUGGUAAUUUGAAGGGUGGCCGUGCAGAUUGGCUUGUCGAAAAAUGCACGGAACUAGGUGCUCAGACUCUCACCCCUCUUCUCACUCAAAGAUCGGCUUCUGUGGCUGAGCAACGUAAUGAUCGGUGGAACCGUAUUAGCAUGGCUGCUACCAAGCAAUGCCAAAGAUUACACGCCUUGGAUGUGCGUGAACCUACUCAACUGAAACAUUUAUUGGCAGAAGUAAAAAAGGCGGACGUAGCGUUCCUUGCUGCUGCAGGAGCACCUCCUCUAGCACAGUCAUUGUUACAAAGGCCAGAGUGUCUGCGUGGAGGUCUACUAUUGAUUGGUCCAGAAGGAGAUUUCACACCAGAAGAGAUUGAGUUGCUGAUUGAUGCGGGAGCAAUGCCUGUAGGUCUAGGUCAGUUACGGCUUAGGGUGGAAACAGCUGCUAUUGCCAUUCUCACGACAGUCAUACUUCUCUCAGAAGGUCACCGAGAGGACUUGAAAUCAGAAUAGUUAGUAUCGAAUCAUUUAGUGGAUACAGAAAAUUCCGAGAAUAUUUUCAAAGAUGAGCCCUGCUCUUUCAUCUAUUCAUUUGACGAAGCUCGAGUGUGCACCUGUAUACGUAGAUUUCUGUCAGCGUAUCUUGUAGUAAUUUUCUGGUAAAAGCAUCUAGACUUAGAAAUGCUUAUUACAUUACCAUU